UGGCUUUGUUUGUUUGUUUAUUUAUUUACUUAUAUAUUUUUUAAAGCAGUGAUUCCUAGUAUUGCUUCCAGUCAUAGAGAACCUCCUUUCUGCAUAGUAUUACACGUCGACACGAAGGUCACGUGACAUGUGGUCAGUUAGUUACUUGAUUAGUUAGUCAGGUGUGUGUGUGUGUGUUAGUGUAACCACGACAACAACAUAUGCAGAUCAUGGGUAGUGUAGGACCAGAGCUAAACUGGACGGAUUUAGUUUGUUUACGUACAGUGUUGGUUUUAGGCAGGAUGUGAUAGAGGUCAGGGAUGGGGUGGUAGUUAGGGUGGCAAGGCAGUUUUCAGGGUGGCAGCGACCACCCCAACAUGACAACAAGGCUGCUGGUGAGCUACUGUUUAGCAGGAGAGAGAGUGUGUGUGUUGAGACCGAGUCCUGAUGCUUAAGGCUCGGGGAUGUUUGGUGCUUGUCCACGGCGUCUCCUCCUCCUCUUCUUCCUCUUCCUGAGCUCUGACACCACCUCACUAACCCGGCAAACACACUUCCACAAAGUCUGCACGGCUCGCAUGUCCUCUCAAACAAAGGAAUUACACACCGACGUGGAUUUAUCAGUUUUAACGGACGCCUGUUUUGACAGAAGGGAGUGUAUGAGCUCAGCUAACUCCCACUUCACCUCCACUAUAUCCGCUGUGUGUCUGGGAUUUAAUGCUCCUGGGCUGAGAGAAGGUGCUGAAGACGAAUAAAGUUAAAAGAGUGGGCUGUUUUCAAGUCGGGUCAGAGCCACCUUGACUGUGUAGUCAUGAAUGGCAGCAGCAGCGUGGCUGGCACCCAGACUGGGCGAAUCAAACUCGAACCAGAUGUUGACGUGUGGAGUAAGGAGGACUGCCUGACGCUGCUAGAGAGGAUUAGGAGUCUGUUGCCCGAUGGAGACACUUUGAAAUACAAGACCACCGAGUCUCAUUUUGACUGGGACAAAGUGGGCUUUGGGAACUUCACCGGGGUCAUGUGUAAGCAGAAAUGGCAGAAGGUUUCCACCGAGGUUCGGAAAUACAGGACGAUGACGGAGCUCAUCGUCGACGCAAUGGAAUAUGUAAAGAACCCUUAUAAAGGAAAGAAACUGAAGACACAUCCUGACUUCCCCAAGAAGCCCCUCACACCCUACUUUCGUUUCUUCAUGGAGAAGAGAGCCAAGUAUGCAAAAAUCCACCCAGAGAUGAGCAACCUAGAUCUGACCAAGAUCCUCUCCAAAAAAUACAAAGAGCUCCCUGAAAAGAAAAAGCUCAAAUACAUUCAGGAAUUCCAGAGGGAGAAGGAGUCCUUUGAGAAAAACAUGGCACGGUUCAAAGAAGACCAUCCUGAGCUGAUAGAAGAACGAAAGAAGUCAGACCUCCCGGAGAAGCCCAAAACUCCUCAGCAGCUGUGGUACAACCACGAAAAGAAAACCUUCAUGAAGCUUCACCCGGAGGUAAGUCAGAAGGAGCUGAAAGAAGCUUUACGGCGUCAGUGGUCGCAGCUCUCGGACAAAAAGCGGCUGAAAUGGAUCAGCAAAGCGCUGGAGCUGCAGAAGAACUACGAGGACAGCUUGCGGGCGUACCACGAAGCACACCCAGAUGCAAACUCCGAAGAACACGUCACUCAGAAGUCCGUCCUGACCAAAGCCGAGCGGCAGCUCAAGGACAAGUUUGACGGACGGCCCACUAAGCCACCGCCGAAUGGGUAUUCUUUGUACUGUGCCGAGCUGAUGGUGAACAUGAAGGACGUCCCGAGCACAGAGAGGAUGGUCCUGUGCAGCAAGCAGUGGAAAAUGAUGACCCAGAAAGAGAAAGACAUGUUCCAGAAGCGAUGCGAACAGAAAAAGAAGCAGUACGAGAUCGAUCUCCAGAGGUUCCUUGAGACUCUGCCAGAAGAAGAAAGGGAUCGAGUACUGACUGAGGAGAAGCUUGGAGGCUCCAAGCUGAGCCUUGUGGGUGCAGGUGGCACUUUUGUGACUAAGUCCCCAUCAGGCAAGGACCGGGGUCGGGACUCCGAGUUGGACCAGUGGGUCCACGGGCUGCCGAAGGAGAAGAGAGACGGGAAGAAAAAGACGCAGCUUCCCGAGACGCCCAAAACGGCAGAGGAGAUGUGGCAGCAGAGCGUGAUCGGUGACUACCUGGCCAAAUACAGGAACGACAGGAAGAAAGCUCAGAGCGCCAUGGAGGCUACUUGGAAGGGCAUGGAGAAGAAAGAGAAAAUUCCCUGGAUCAAGAAGGCAGCCGAGGACCAGAAGCGAUACGAGGUUCAGUACCGGACUGUGAGAGAGCUGGUCGAGAUGAGGACCGUGCCAUCGGGUCAAGGUCAGAGGAAGCCAAAGUUCGACGGAGAGCCCAAGAAACCUCCCGUGAGUGGCUAUCAGAUGUUUUCGCAGGAGCUGCUCACAAACGGUGAGUUAAAUCACUUCAGCCUCAAGGAGCGCAUGGUGGAGAUCGGCAAGCGCUGGCACAAGCUCAGCCAGAGCCAGAAGGACAAGUACAAGAAGCAGGUGGAGGAGCAGCAACUCGAAUACAAAGCCGAGUUGGACGCCUGGGUGAAGUCUCUCUCUCCUCAGGAGCGAGCCGUUUACAAAGAAUUCUCUUCUACAAAACGAAAGAGCACGUCAAAGGCGCGAGGUCCCGGAGCCAAAGUGCGUGUCACCAAGGGGAAGGCGGUAGGUGCCCGAGCUGCAGCGCUGGGGGCCGGGGGGGGCAAACGUUCCAUGGCGUACCGGGUCAAGCAGGACACCUCAGAUUCAGAGGAAGAAGACGAUAAGACAAACUCGACAGACUCGGAGGACGAAGAUGACGAAUCCUCGGCUUCCACAGAUAGCGACGAUGAGGACGAUGACGAAGAGGACGAGAACGACGAGGAUGAUGACGAAGACGACGAAGACCAGUCGGACGGCUCGAGCAGCUCGUCGGAGGACAGCAGCGAUUCAGAUUCAGACUAACGAACCCUCUCGAAGGGAGUCGGGUGUGCAGGACACGCCCCCUAACAACAUCCCUUCCUGACAAUAGGGGAGGGGCCGAGUAGCUGUGAGCACACAGCACGCGCUAACGCGUCUGUCUCUCUUCAGUGAGAGAUGCAGGACUCAGAAGAGUGACAGCUCUUCUCUCUUUUUAUAUAUAUAUAUAUAUAUAUAUAUAUAUAUAUAUAUAUAUAUAUAUAUAUAUAUAUAUAUAUAUAUAUAUAUAUAAAAUGUCCAAUUUACGGGCUUAAAAGUCAACUGGACAACCUCUUAUUAAUGAGCUGUUACUUGUGUGUUUAUUGAAGCAAUUUUUAUUGCCUUUAUAUAGGUGUGUUAUUAAAAAUUGUGUUGCUCGUUCCUUUUUAUUUUUAUUUUUUUUGAAACGUUAACAGUGGUCUGAGGUGGACAGUGUGAGAGAAGGCCUUUUAUAACCGAGGUAACGGAGAGUGGACCCCAGACGCCUGGGUUUGUACACCUCGGCCAGUUCAUUGAAGCUCCGAGAGCUGUUAAGCUAAUCUGGUCUCGUUUGUUCAUUCUUGGGACAAAUCCUCCGAAAUAAAUUGCACUUUUUUCCUCUUUUA